AUGAUUGAUAGUCCAGCUCUUUUACAGUAUCUUGAUGACGACGAUGAUGUAGAAUUUGAUGCACAUUUACAUAACACCGUGGCUCGAACAACUGCAGGUGGUAUUGAACUCUUAAUGAUUUACUUAGAAGCGGAGAUACGUCGAGUACGAUUAUUCCUCCGCAACUGCGGUCAACGGAUUCGUCGUUUCUGCAUUGAGUCAAUGCACGUGGAUUUCCGAAGAAUUGCCGAAUUAUUCGCAGCACUUUCAGAAUCGAGGUUCAAACGUGUUCCGAUGGAUGAGACAGUACUGAAUAAUGAUGAAGCUAUGAUACUCAACGAGGUUCCGUUACGAUCUCGGUGGAAGCCACCCAAGUAUACUUUUAAUGAUAUCGCGGUUGUUCUCACCACCGAUGAAGAAGUGGAAGAUGGUGUGAUUCAUGCCUACACAAUUCGAUCGCCGGCAUGGGAUAGUCUGCCCUCUCCGAUAUCAUCUCAGCAUGACAGUCAAUCGGAUCUGAGGGAUUUCCAG